AUGCGGGGCUGGCUGCUGCUGGCGGCGCUGGGCUGGCUGCUGCCGGCGGGGGCCGCGGCCAGCGGCGAGUACUGCCACGGCUGGCUGGACGGGCAGGGCGGCUGGCGGGACGGCUUCCAGUGCCCCGAGCGCUUCGACGGCGGCGACGCCACCAUCUGCUGCGGCAGCUGCGCGCUCCGCUACUGCUGCUCCAGCGCCGAGGCGCGCCUCGACCAGGGCGCCUGCGACAACGACCGGCGGCAGGGCGGCGGCGAGCCGGGCCGCCCCGGCAAGGACGGCCCCGACGGCGCGGCAGUGCCCAUCUACGUGCCGUUCCUUAUCGUGGGAUCUGUGUUUGUCGCCUUCAUCAUCCUGGGGUCGCUGGUGGCAGCUUGCUGCUGCAGGUGCCUGCGGCCCAAGCAGGAGCCCCAGCAGAGCCGAGCCCCUGCGGGCACCCGCCUGAUGGAGACGAUCCCCAUGAUCCCAAGUGCCAGCACCUCCCGGGGCUCCUCCUCCCGCCAGUCGAGCACGGCUGCCAGCUCCAGCUCCAGCGCCAACUCGGGGGCCAGAGCUCCCCCGACCAGGUCCCAGACCAACUGCUGCCUGCCGGAAGGGACCAUGAACAAUGUCUACGUCAACAUGCCCACGAACUUCUCGGUGCUGAACUGCCAGCAGGCCACGCAGAUCGUGCCACACCAGGGCCAGUUCCUGCACCCGCAGUACGUGGGCUACGCCGUGCAGCACGACCCCGUGCCGCUGAGCCCCGUGCCCCCCUUCCUGGACGGCCUGCAGGGCGGCUACAGGCAGAUCCAGUCUCCCUUCCCACACACCAACAGCGAGCAGAAGAUGUACCCGGCUGUGACUGUGUAGCGCUGCCGCCCUCCCCAUCCCCACCCAGCCUGUUUUAAUAUCUGAACUGAAUGGAGGAGAAAUACUUCCUUGGAACAAAGCUCCCAGAACACCACUUGUAAAUAAUUUUGAAAGGCUCAUGCAUGUCAGACGGUGUUUAUAAACCAUUUAUUUUCAUCGAGGUCUGUUGCCAGGAACUGUAAGGAUGAUAUCUCGGAAUUAACGUUGCCAGAUACGCUCUCAUUCCAGCGCGUGAUUUACGGCGGCGAAGGAUUACGCUGGAAAUGCAUAUGUAUUUCAGAUCACUGUGCUUGUGAGAUAAAUGUCAGAGCCGUAAAGUGCCCUUCAGGUAUGACAUGGUCACAAGUAUUUGCCUAAUUAAUUCUAGAAAGAGUUUUGUUCCACUGUACCAGACCACAGUACUUCAGAAACCUCUCUGCUCCCAGCUCCGUAAUGACGUUUCCCGUUGCUUCACAGACAAUCACAACUGAGAGCCAAGCAGUGCAAUCCCUGUGUGCCCAGCCACCGUGGCUUCUUACACACACCCACUUUGGGGUGAAAUGCCACCAGAAGCUUGGUCUUGCAAAGACCAAUUUUCCUUGUAUUUUUUAGGAAUUGGAAGAGUGAAUUAUUCUGCUCUUCUUUACAGUGCACUUGAAACCCUUCAUUAAUUUGGUUUUGUGUCAAGAUCAGUACCCAGUAGUGGUUUGCACAGACUUUAUCUUUGUGAACAUUUUACUAAAACCAGGGUAUGAGGUGCUCGCUCUUUGUGACACUCAGCAAAGCUCUUGGUACAGCUGGCAGUGUCUGAACUGAACCUGCCUUGGCAGAGGAAGGUCAGACUGUGAUUCCAAACAUGCCUGAUUCAACCUCCCUUCCCAUGAAACAGGAAACUCGUGUGAAUGUCCACGAAGGUGUCAGCCCCAAAGCCUGCUUGCAUUGGAGUCUGCCUGUAGGAAAAUGUAGUUUAUCUUGUCCCCAUGAGCCCAUUCUGAGUCCCCUGCCCCACCCUGUGGGAGUGGGAGAGUGUUAAACAAAACCCAGUUGGGAUGUGAAUGGGUUGGUGGAGGUUUGAAAUCCAUCCCCUUUUCUUCUUUACACGUGGCAGGGGAUUAGGAAGGCACAGCUGUAUUUAAAAAUAAGGAAAAAGACCCAACCAAGGGACAAAGGUGCUUGUGGUGUCACAAGGGUCAUGGAGGUAGUGAGCUGCAGACAGCAGGGACACUUAACACUGGAGCUGCUGGCUCUGUCCUGCUUUGCUUCAUCUGGGGAAAACACCUCUCCAGAUUGAAGAGGCAGCAAACAAUCAGAUCAUUCUAAUUAUAUCACUCCAAAUGCAGCAAAGCUUUGCUGACAGAAAGGCUGGUUUUGUCUCUAGAAAUGUAACCUCUGCAUUUCCAUCCAUUUGCUCCUCAGCCAAAACAGUGCCGCAGAAGACUUGAGGCCCUGUGCAAAACCCAAGCAGUUACUGUAGCCAGACCAGUGCUGACAAAAGGUUUCCUAUUGUCUGAUACUGUAUCAAUAUGUAGCAAUAACUGUGAUGCUAUGUUUUGUAUGUCUGUUUUUAAAUGACACAGAAGGUGCAGAUGCAUUGCCAAACGCAAUGGUUUACUCAUAAACACGCCACACACAGGCCGUCUGCACCAGGCAGCCGUGGUUUGGCCACUGACACGGGGAAAUGAAUAGGUAAUUUAUCCCAGAUCUGUUGUUCCUGGCUGUGAUCUCCCAGUCAGUGUGCAGGAUCUGGGCAGAAAGGUUGGUUUGUGAGACCUGGCUUCCUCUCCAGGCAGGCUGGGUGUCUUUGGGAAGCGGCGCCCGGCUGCUGGCGGUGUCGGAUGCUGCACAGCUCGGUGCUCGGGCAUCUUGUGGGCAGUGGGAGCUCCAGAGCUGGGUGCUCCAGGCUUCUGAAGGACCCCCUGCAUUCUCUGGGGGUGUGGGUCUCCACCUGCCCACGUUGCAGUGGGGUCACGCUGGGCUGGCAGCAGGCACAGGGGCAGCUCCGUGUGCUUCCCUGGCAGCAGGAGGUGGCCCUGGGUGAGCCCUGGUGCUGUGCCACUGACCCUGCCCAGCUGAGAACCAAGUCAGCUCCCCCCUCUGCCUGCCUUGCACAGGCCCUGCCAAGGACACCUCCUCUGACCUACAGAAUUCAGGUGAAUCUUUGUAUAUUGUUUACUUGUUUAAAAAAAAAAGAAUAACUUAAAUUUAAGUCUGUAGAAAUUAAUUUACAACUGAAGGCAGAGAAACGUGAGCUCUAAUAAAAGGAAUUUUGUGAGAUGUGGUGUUUUUUUUUUAAUGUCAUGUACAAUAAUGUAAAACCAAUGUUACCAUUUGAUAUAGCUUUUAAAUCUCUGAAAGAGCACUUGCUUUAAAGUGUUUCUUACAACUGAAGAAAAAAGCCCCCUUUGUUUCUUAAUAAAUACUUUAUGGUGUGA